AUGGCCGACACAACUAAGGAUGCGAAGCCCUUGGAGGUAAAUGUAGAGAGGUUUGAGUGUCUCUCGACUGACGAGGAGAGCAAAGAUGGCCUGUACCAAAGCCAGACGAUGGGCACGGUAGCCAUCACUGAUGACAAAGACAUAUACCUCGUACCUGCACCAAUCUCUAGUAUUGGCCUUUCGAUGGUUUCUGGGUUUGGUGGUUUAUUGGGAUUUUACAUCCCAGACUAUUCUAAACAUGGCGCUGAUUACGCCGAUAUCACUGCUCUCAUGACGUAUCCAUCAAUGUUCAUGGGCGUCGGCUGUCUUACAUGCACACCGUUGGCUUUGUCAGUCGGCAGAAGGCCAGUCUAUCUCGCAUCGCUGGUGGUACUAAUAUUAGGCGCCCUGCUGGCGGCACAAGCAACUAACUACAAUUACCACCUGGGUGCAAGAAUGGUGCUCGGUCUCGCUGCUGGUCAAAGUGAGGCUCUGGUACCUUUGAUGAUUCAGGAAAUUCACUUUAUACAUGAACGCAGUACUUUCCUUAUGUGGCAAUCCUCGAUCCAAACUAUCCUCUCGGCUGGUCUUACUAUUGCUGCAUCUCCUCUAGCUGGAGCAAUUGGCCCUGCAAAUUGGUACAGGUUAGGCGCGGGACUUGCGGGCGCGACUCUACUAUUUUCGAUAUUCCUCGUUCCAGAGAGCCGUUAUCCUCGCACCCUUCAAGCAUAUGGCCAAUCCACUGGCGAGGAGGACGAGGGAGAGAUGACAACACGACCGAUGAAGCUAUCAGAAAAACCUGCCUUUGACUUGACCAAGUAUCAACCACGAACUCUGAAAUCGGAUAUGCGCUUAUUUGUUGGAGACCCUGAUUGGGCUGAAGGUUAUUACAGCUUUAUUAACACCUUCCAAAUUCUCCUUUUUCCUAAUGUCCUGUGGGCGUUUUGUCUCAACGGAUUAACGAUUGGAAUAAACAUCGCCAUUGGUACAACUUACGGUAAAAUCGUCACAAGUGCUCCUUACAACUGGGGUGAUGAUGCAGCAUCAUAUGUAAAUGCCGGACAGGUCGUUGUCGCAUUUGUCACGCUUCCUCUUCUUGGUUACGGGUCCGAUAAGAUUAUCAAAUGGCGAGCUAAGCGCAAUGGCGGUCUUCAUGAGCCUGAGAACCGCCUGCUCGCACUCUGGAUCCCAAUCAUGGUUGGCAUCCUCUCCGCUACACUCUACGGCCAGGCUGGCGAACAUCCAGAGAAAUACCACUGGUUCGUCAUUGUCUUCGCUAAUUCAGGAUACUACUUUUGCUUUCUUGGAGCCAACAUUGCUGCCAUCACGUACCUACUCGACUCCUAUCCUGCCCGAGCCGGGCCUGUUCUUGUCGUCAUUACAGCUUUCCGCGGAUUUGUGUCCUUUGGUACAAGCUAUGGUGUGGCUAAGUUCAUCGAUACUGCUGGAUACGACGGAUCUUUUGGUACAUAUGCUGGGCUAACGGGACUCUUUGGAUGCCUAGGUAUUCCUAUCUUCUUGUAUGGAAAGCAGAUCAGGGCUUAUACGGGUCGAUGGGCACAGGCGAAACGGGUCGGACUUCCCUCAAUGUCUCGUUGA